UCGUGACGCAAUCGGAGACCACGGAAGCGUGUGCACGUGUGUUCGCUGCUGGUUUGUGGAUCCCUGGCCGGGUGCUCUAGGUCAUGGGUCGCUCCCGCCGCACUGGAGGGCACCGAGCACACUCCCUGGCCCGCCAGAUGAAGGCGAAGCGGCGGCGGCCGGACCUGGACGAGAUUCACCGCGAGCUGCGGCCUCAGGCUCCUGCACGAACCCAGCCUGACCCGGCCGCCGCGCCCGACCCGGACCUGCCAGGGGGCGGCCUGCAUCGCUGUCUGGCCUGCGCGAGGUACUUCAUCGAUUCUGCCAACCUGAGGACCCACUUUCGAUCCAAAGACCACAAGAAAAGGCUGAAGCAGCUGAGCGUGGAGCCCUACAGUCAAGAGGAGGCCGAAAGGGCAGCGGGUAUGGGCUCCUAUGUGCCCCCCCAGCGGCUGGCCGUGCCCACAGACGUGUCCACUGAUAUUCCUGAGAUGGACACAUCUGCCUGACAUCGCCUGAGGAUGCACAGCAGAGGAGCUGCCCAUGGACAGGGGUGCAAGGGCUGGGAGAGAUUGUCAAGUUCUUUUGACCCUGGAUUCGGAGAAUGGAUCCUUUUCUGGGUGCCUUCCCCACCAAUAAAGGAACUGGGUGAAGAA